CCCCUCGCGGCGGCGCCCGGGGCGAACAAAGCGAGCCGCCCCGCUGGCAGCGCCCUCCUCCGCGGCCCCGGCUGGAGGAAGGGGCCGGCCGCCGCGUCCCCCCGGGACACCUGCCUCUUCCCGCCGGCUGCCCCGGCCCGGCCCGGCUCAGGUAGAAGAGAGACAGGAAUUGCCCAGUGUGUGGAAAGAUCAGGAAAUGACCCAGAAUAUGUAUUGAAGUAAUACAGAAGUACAAGAAGUAUACUACUGUCAAUCUAUCUCUGGCUUCAUUGGCCAAGGCGAAAUAGCUGCAGUUACAUUAGGAUAUCUAAAGCCUUGAAGACAUAUGACAGGACUUUAAUUACAACACUCCCAAGGCAUAUGUGAGAAGAAGCUAAAAUAUUUCAAGUUAGCUGCCUGCUGUGAGGCAGUGUAUUUCACUGUAUUCAUCACUAUACUAAAACAAGAUAAAAAAAUCUUCUUUCAAAGUAUUACUUGGUCUCUAAGUCUGGGCAGAACUGCAUUUCCCAGCACUACUAUGAAGAGCUGAGUAAGAAUGGAUGCGACAUAAACCAGAAGUUCUGAAGACUUACUCACCAAUCUUGAUGCACUUACUAUUUGGCUUUUUUCCAAAGGAAAAGGGACGACAAAGCUGGACAAAGCUUUUGAUUGUGAUCACUUUCUGUGUAUAGGCUGACACUUCAUUUCUGAACACUUGAAUUGUUUCAGCAUUGCUGACAAAGGAAAGAUGACCUCUACUGUAGGGCUACCCCCAUACUAUGAAAAUCGUGGCUUUCAGCCAGAAAACUUUCACUCUGCCAGGCAACCAGUAGAUGCUAACGCAUAUCCACAGUACCUCUCUACAAAUGCUCUGUCAGUGCCAAACUAUGUCCCAAGAGUUGCUACAUGUCAGUCGAAUAGGCCGGCGGCACGUUCAUCCAGGAUACCCUGUGCAUCAAAUGUAAAGAAAACCAUAAUCAUUAUCUUAUCCAUUUUAAUAGUCAUAUGUUGUGUAAUUGCUGGUUUCUUCAUUUGGUAUUUUGUAGAGAAUCGCUGUCUUGGCUCCUUAAUAGAGUGCGGCUCUUCAGGAACAUGUAUACUGCCCUCCCAGUGGUGUGACGGGGUGAUCGACUGCCCUAACAGCGAAGACGAAAACCGGUGUGUUAGACUUUCUGGACCAGAUUUUACCCUGGAAGUUUAUUCACCUGUCAACAACUCCUGGUAUCCUGUUUGUCAGGAUGGCUGGAAUGAUGAUUAUGGAAAGAUAGCAUGUGAAGACAUGGGUUACAGUGCAGAUACAUAUUACUAUAGCCAAGGAGUAGCAGCUGAAGUUGGCAUUAAAACCUUUAUGAAGCUGAAUACAAGUGCUGGGAAUAUAGACUUGUACAGAAAGCUCUAUGCCAGUGACUCCUGUGUCUCAGGAAACGUGGUUUCUCUGCACUGCAUAAAGUGCGGCCUGUCCACUAAAACCGUGAGUGCUAUGAGCAGAAUCGUGGGCGGAAGCGCUGCAUCGCUGGGCCAGUGGCCGUGGCAGGUCAGCCUCCAUGUGCAGGGCGUCCACGUCUGCGGCGGCUCCAUCAUCACCCCCGAGUGGAUAGUGACCGCCGCUCACUGCGUGGAAGGGCGAUAUUCUGACCCAUACAGCUGGACAGUUUAUGCUGGGAUCCUGAAUCAGAAAGACAUGAUCUCCACAGCUGGACACGGACUGCAACAAAUCAUCUCCCACCCAGAUUAUGAUUCAGAUUCUAAAGACAACGAUAUUGCCCUUAUGAAGUUAGAGGCACCACUAACUUUUACUGACAAUAUAAGGCCAGUUUGUCUGCCCAGCUCAGGAAUGGUGUUCAAUGCCGAUGAGCAGUGCUGGAUAUCUGGGUGGGGAGCAGAGUACCAAGGAGGUAAAACAUCAGAUGCCUUGAAUUAUGCUAUGGUACCCUUAAUAGAACGUUCUACAUGUAAUUCUGUCUCUAUCUAUAGUGGCAUGGUUUUGCCUACAAUGAUCUGUGCUGGAUAUCUAGCAGGAGGAAUUGAUUCCUGUCAGGGCGACAGCGGAGGUCCUUUAGUAACUAAUAAAGACUCUGUGUGGUGGUUGGUCGGAGAUACCAGCUGGGGAACUGGCUGUGCUAGUCCCAAUAGACCUGGAGUUUAUGGGAAUAUGACUGUGUUUACAGACUGGAUUUAUAAAAAUAUGCAGGCAAACAGAUGACAACACUCUCUGUCCUUCUUGCUGAUCAAUGUUUCUGAGAUCAAGACUAAAUGAAGCCAUGGGUGCCUGGGAUAUUUAUUCACCUUACAAAUGAUUUUUCUCUUUGAAUUUGUUUUUAAAAAGUAACGUGAAGGAUCGCACACUCGGUUCUGUGCUGGCUACAGGGACUGAUCUAAUCAAUGAAGAAUUAUCACAAUAAGCACCUUUCUCCUUAAUGUGGUGCCUGGCAGAAAGUAGUUCUGCUGGGAGAAAGCAGAACGUCAGCUGCUUACUCUGUUUAAGUAACUUUCACUUGACAAUCAGGUACAUGUUCAUAAUGACAAUCUUGAUCACAAUUUAACUUAAGAUUUUUGUAGCAGGCUGUUGAGACAGUUGGUUUAGUAGUGUUUUAAAUUAAGUGAUGUGAACGUAGAAUCUCUGAGCUGCUGGUUGGCAAUUUAAGGAAAAAAAGUGAACUUUUUUGGUAUAUAUGAAGGGAAGCUUUCAUGCACUACAGUAGAGACACAGAAGAAAUACUGUAUAUUUAGCUUGUUAAAAAUCCUCAGGAUCUUGACAGUUGUCGUCCAAGUCAGAUUGUUGAAAGUGCGAUCCAUCUGACCACCUCAGUAAUUCAGAGUGCUGUUCUGCCUUAAGCCACUGUGAAUCCCCCAAGGGCAAGACCUGCCGUUGCUCUGAGCUGUAACAGGGACCAGUGAAUUCAGGGUCCUGCUGAUGAGGUCUGUGACUGCACGUGUCAGAGCAUGACUCCCGAAAGGCAAAGUUUGUUCAGUGAGGCUGUGUUGCAAGCUAUAGACCUCUGGUUGCAGCUGUGCAUACAGAGACUGGAUGUUAUAUGCAGAGAACACAGUCUGUGUCUGCCUAACCAGGUGACUACCUCAUUUCUUAAAUUUGGUUUUUAAUUCCUUAAAACUCUCCUUUAUGCAUCUGCAUGUAUGUUUUUAGUAAAAUGUAUUAAGUAUCAGAGCACCACCUCAGCUAGGAUUUUAAAAAAUAGUUUAUAAUCAUAGUACAGAGGAUCAAAAAGCCAUAACAAGUCAUUUUUGAUAAGAAGGAUGCAUCUUUUGAGUGAAAUGACUCUACUAGUCUUGUUUUCUCUAUUGGUACUGAAACGCAAUUGUCUUGCAUGCAAACACUGCACCAAAUAAAUUUGUUUUUGUUUUUUACAAAUA